UUAACAUGACAGUCACUACUACUUAAAAAAAAAAGAGAUGGGCCCAUGCCUACGAAUGAUACAUGCUUAAAAAAAGGACACGUCAAAAAAGUAGCCGACAAAUAUAAGUUUGGCCUCGUCCUCGGACCAAUCACAAGACUUGUUGUCCCCCCCCUCGCGUUUCCCUGUAAACUUCCUCUCUCUCUCUCUCUAAAUUUUCUCUGUUGCUUUGUGUUCUUUCUUGGAGAGUUAUUGAUGAUGGAAUCGAACUUACAUGGGAUGGUCAACGGUUACGAGUACUAUGACGUGAGUUACUUACCAAACCAAACUCCUAAUCUGGGAUUCGGCGUUCCUUCCUCCAGCGACUUCGAUCUCCGCUUGGAUCGUAUUCAAAUUCAACCUUCUAUUUGGGUUCCAUCAACACAACAAGAUCAAGAUCAAGACUCUCCUCUAGCUGCUGCUGAUGAGAUCGAUUCAGAAAACACUCUUUUGAAAUACGUAAACCAGCUCCUCAUGGAAGAAGAAACUCUUGCCGAGAACCAGACUUUGUCUUACGACUCUUUGGCUCUACGUCAAACCGAAGAGAUGCUGCAGCAAGUCAUCACCGACUCACAAACUCAAUCUCCUUAUAUUAGCACUAGUAGUAGUAAUAGUAGUGGUUGUGAUUGUGGUGGUGAGUAUUUUAACAGUUAUAGCGAUUCUUGUGUCCGGUUCAAGACAAGAACUACUAACUCUACUAAGGUUGUGUCGUUUCAAGGAUCAUACAUGUUGCAACAACCAGCGAAUAAGAUUAUGUUUAGUGAUGCAGAUUCAGUUAACCAGUUCAAGAGAGGUGUUGAGGAAGCUAGCAAGUUUCUUCCUAACACCGAUCAAUGGAUCUUCAACCAAGAUGAAAAAGUUUAUACCUCGAGAGUUAGGAAGCAUCAUCACCAGCGCGACGAAGAAGAAGAACAUGAGGAAGCUAGGAUGAGUAAGCAAUCUGCAUCGAAUGUAGAUGACGGUAAACUAACAGAGAUGUUUGAUAAGGUUUUGCUUCUUGAUAACCAAUUGGAUCCACAGAUUAAUGAUAACGUAUCAAGCAAGGCACCAGCAGCUAGUAAGAAAGAAAGAGUCCAAGCAGUUGAUUUCCGCACGCUUCUUAUUCUAUGCGCACAAUCCAUUUCAUCAGGAGAUAUGAUCACAUCUGUUGAUUUGCUGAGGCAGAUAAGGAACCAGUCUUCGCCUCUCGGCGAUGCCUCUCAGAGACUGGCUCAUUUCUUUGCCAACGCUCUGGAGGCGCGUCUCCAAGGAAGCAGCGGGGGUGUGAUACAGAGUUACUACGAUGCCGUGACCUCCAAGAAACGAACAGCUGCGCAGAUUCUCAAGUCUUACAAGACCUUCUUGUCCGCGUCUCCCUUCAUGACUCUGAUGUAUCUCUACUCCAACAAGAUGAUUCUUGACGCUGCGAAAGACGCUUCCGUGCUUCAUGUAAUAGACUUUGGGAUCCUCUACGGUUUCCAGUGGCCUAUGUUUAUACAGAGGAUAUCUGAGAGCAAGAAUGGGCCGAGGAAGCUGAGGAUAACCGGUGUUGAGCUUCCUCAAAACGGGUUUCGACCAACGGAGAAACUAGAGGAUACUGGUCGGAGACUGAGGGAGUAUUGUAAACGGUUUGGUGUUCCGUUUGAAUACAAUGCGAUAGCGUCUAAGAACUGGGAGACAAUCCGGUUGGAGGAGUUCAAGAUCCGACCAAACGAAGUUCUAGCGGUUAACGCGGUGCUACGGUUCAAGAACCUGAGAGAUGUGACUCCAGGGGAAGAGGAUUGUCCUAGAGAGGGGUUCUUGAAACUGAUCAGAGACAUGAAACCCGACGUUGUCCUCAACUCCACGGUUAACGGAUCUUUCAACGCUUCCUUCUUCACCACGCGGUUCAAAGAAGCCUUGUUUCAUUACACAGCGGUUUUCGACAUGUUUGGUUCGACACUGUCCAGGGAGAACCCGGAGAGGAUGCAUUUCGAAGAGGUGUUUUACGGGAGGGAAGUGAUGAAUGUGAUUGCAUGCGAAGGAGUUGAUAGGGUGGAGAGACCUGAGACUUACAAGCAGUGGCAAGUGAGGAUGAUGAGGGCAGGGUUUAAGCAGAAGCCUGUGGAGACAGAACUUGUGGAGUCGUUUAGGGUAAAUAUGAAGAAGUGGGGUUACCAUAAAGACUUUGUGCUUGAUGAAGAUAGUAACUGGUUCUUGCAAGGUUGGAAAGGUCGUAUCCUUUAUUCUUCUUCUUGUUGGGUCCUUUCUUAAUUUGUAUUAACAAUCAAAUAUAUUUCAACUAGAUUUUGCAAUAUCUUCAAAUUAACUGCUUACAUGUAUAUGUAAAUAUUCAUUGUGUUAGAAGAAAAAAUAUGGUAUAUGGUGAAAGAAGAGAAUAAAGAUGAAGAUAUGUGAAGUCUAGGUUAAUUCCU